AUCGCAGUUGCAGUUACAGUACUCGCGUAGCAAGCGUAGUGAACGUGUUGGCAUUGGUCAUGAGAUCACCAUGAUAACAAUGGAUGCAGUGCGCGUCGCGUGGAUCUUAUCUUUGUUUAUCAGGGUGUUCGGUCUUGAACAAGAAGCCACCUCCUCGACAUCGUGGUCCUCAUCAAGACAGGGACGACCGGCCAGUCUCACCGAUCUGAAUAACAGGAGAGCGUUCAAAUUUAUACCCGGUGAAAGACGUAUAUCAUCGGAAUUCUCUUUCCAAAAUGUGGCCCACGAUCCUUUCGAAGGUGUCCACCCCAGGAGACGAGUCCACAACUACACAAAACUCUCGAUGGUGCCUACCGAGAAAAUCAUCACAUCCUCCGUUUUCCUCGACCACUCACCCACACAAAUCCCUUCACAUCUCGCAAACGUGUUCACUCCCAACCCUCUCGUCGUCUCCAACAACGACUACGACGAUGAUCAACAACUGAUCUACGUAUCUUCCAAACCAUCAACACCCUCGCAAGACAACGUAGCCACUCCGCAUCCCUAUGUGAGUACCAGUGUUGUCAAAUAUCACCCGUCAACCAUAUCUCCUCCACCCUCCUCUUCAACUCUCAAACCACCUGUCAAGAAUCUUGUAAAAGAGACGAGGAAAGAGGACUCAGAGGAAGAGGAUGAGGAUGAAGAUGAGGAGGAGGAUGAUGACGAUGAUGACGACGACGACGAUGAUGAUGAGGAUGAUGAUGAGGAUGAAGAGGAGGAGGAUGAGAGUGAGGAGACGCAUGACACCAGCAUAAAGGACUCGGACGAGGAUCUUGCUACUGAUGAAACUAAAGACGAUGAUUCCGGUUACGACGAUGGCAGCUAUUCUCCGAAGAAGAAGAAAGGCAAAAAGAAGAAGAAGAAAAAGGGAGGCAAGAAGAAAAAGAAGAAGGGCCAGUUUAAAAUGAAGCACUUGAAGAAGUUGAAGAAGUACAUGUUUCCUCUGCUGCUCGCCUACAAGUUGAAGUUCUUCACGCUGAUUCCGCUGAUGCUGGGAGGCCUGGUGCUGAUUGUCGGUACCACAGGAUUUGCCGGAUUCUUUUUCGCUCUGUUUGCCAUCGGCCUUAGCCUUCAAAAACAUUAGCCAACAAUACAGGCCCUCGCCACUGGUGAGUGUGGGACUGACAGAGGAUAUAGGAACAAGGCAUUAUUUGAUACUACGGAGAAUUUGAAGGAGAUUCACUACAGCAAAACAAACUCUCCUAUCUAUGCCAUAUUCAGAAACGCAGCAUCAUAGUUCAGUGGAUAAGAAAUUAAAAAGUCUUAGCAGUUGAAAAGUGAUUAAACCCAACCCAAAACAGAAUCAAAUUGUUCAAAUCUCCAAGUGCUAUUUUCCUGAUUAUUGAUAUAAUUUAUUGAACAAUAUCACAAAAUGAACUUCAAGGGUGUUUGAAGUAUUAUUCUGCUGCAAUGAGAUAUUGCAAUUACAGAAUUUAGAAUUAUGGAAAUAAGUUGAACAUUUUGGAGUGAAAUUUAUCUGGAGUUUCUUGGAUACAUGAAAAACAAUACUUCUUAAUUUAUGUUGUAAAUAUUUUUGUAUGUGUAUGUGACGCAAAUAUAAUUUAUGAUAACAUCGAUAUGAAGAGAUGUUUUGUUCAAACAAUCUUGUAAUUUAUCAACUGUUCAUUUCAAAACAAUACUCAUACAUUGACAAGACCCGUUAUAUUCCAGUUUCAUUGUAUUGAUGAUUAUUGUAUUAUCAAAAUGUACAUUAUUCGUUUGAGUACUAUAUUAAUGAUUCCAAGUUUCGCCGAAAUAUUGGGGUGGGUGAAGAAGAGAAAAAAAAACAGUUUUCCAAACUAAUUUACAUUGAAAUUUAUUAGAAUGAUAAUGUAUUA